ACUCUUCAAUGAGAACGACGGCUGCGUGGCUGGCGCGCGGCGUUCUCGCACGGGUGUCACGUUUCCGUCGACGGAAAUAAAUGCGAACGGCGAGUGCGUGGCCGUCGCGACCCUCAGCGACCCUGCUCCGUCCCGAGGCGCCGCGACACCGCGAGUGAGUUCUCCUUCUUCGUCGUCGACGUCCGCGAUCACUCGCGGGAUAACCAGCCGGCGAAUUUUUCGGAGCGAGUCCGAGGACCUCCGGUGCCGAGGAACGAUUCCCGAAGGGGUGGCACUGGUGAACGCCGAUCGGAUCAUUCGGUACGCUGAUCGUUCGAUGUUUUGGACCGUUGGCGGGCUGUCUCUGGCCGGCUCGCGGGGACCGGACCAAAGGGAGGGAAACCGAAACUGAUUCUCUCGUGGCGAUGUUUGAGGGUGGUACGAUUGAUCUGGAGUUGAUGGACCCUUUGUAGACACGCCGGACCGGAGCCUGUGCAUCGCGGCUAUUCUGGACGUGUAUUCGGAAUCGCUGCUGGAGUACAGUGCGCGGGAGAUUUCGGAAGUUCGGUGACUCAAAAAACACGAGCGUUUAUCGGGUUUACGGGGAAAUCCGUGAGAUAUUCGCGCGGGCUGUUGAGGGAAGGAGUGUGUUCGAAGUGAAGUGACUGAGGAGUGAGGAGGUUUUUGAAGUUUCUGGCUCAAAGUAAGUGGUUCGCGUCGGUGCCGGGCGGCCGCCCGUUUGAUAAAGGGGCGGCCAGAAGACAAGGAGUCCUCGCCGAAGUCAUCCGAAGAAUUCGACGAAUCUUCCUCCGUUGCGGCGAGGGGGGAGCAGCGGGACCGGGAGAAAAUAGCUGGGUCAAGCGGACGGCGAGGGAACGAAGGACGAUCGAUGCAUCGGAAAUCGACGCGACUCGCGUAGUAGACGGUACCCGGCGACUCGGCGAGAUCGCGUGCGCGCGAUGAAAAUCGCGCCGCUCGUCGCGGGAACGUUUAAUCUGGACGAUGUAGACGAUGCUCGACGACUCGACGUCGAGCGCUUCCGCAACCGGCGACGUGACUGACGGCCCGACCGGCUCGUUGAAUCAAUCCGAACGGAUUCACGCGAUCAUGGGGAUCCAGCCGGGGAAUUGUUACUAGAGGAGACAACGAUGCCUCCAAGGACGAUUGAUCUUGGUGCUCGUGCGUGUUAGUGACUCGCCAGUGGUGAUUCAAGUGGGAUUAAGUGCGUCGCGAUGUCCCUGCGCCGCCUGGUGCGCUCUGUCAACGAUUCGUCCGCGUCUAUUGGUGGAAGCAUGGGAGCCGGGAAGAAGCGCUCGCGCCGGACAACGCGACCGUCGUCCUCCAGCGACACGGAAUUCAGUAACGAACACGACGGCACGAUGACUCCGGAAAGAUGGCGAAGAAGAUGCCGCGCCGCGACGCGACGCGCCGUGCGGCUGAUCCUACAGAUCCUGCUGAUCCAGAACCUCGCCGUGGCUCAGAUGGCCGAGUGUCCGCCAUCCGAGAUGAUCCCCGGCUGUCCCUGUUACAAUUUCGACGACGGUCUUUUCCUAGAAUGCGCUGGCGCCACGGAAGAGACCCUGAGGACCACGCUCCAGCGGGUUCUAAGCGCGGGCGGGGCGGGCACGAUGGUGCAGUCGUUGAACGUUUACGAGCUGGACAAAACCGUGGAGGAAUUGAAAGACGGCUGUUUCCCGGUGGACUCGCAGAUCAGACACCUGCAGAUCUCGCAGUCCUCUCUGCGGGAGAUUAGCGAGAACGCGUUCAGGAACCUGAACGGCAGCCUGGAGUCGUUGGCGUUGGUGUCGAGCCGUUUGCCUCACGUGCCGCAGAAAUCGUUGGCGAAGCUGCCAUUGCUGGCCGCGUUGGACCUCGAGGCCAAUUUGAUACAAGAGCUGACGUCCUACUGUUUCUACGGUCUGAAGCUGAUAAAGUUGACGCUAAAGGGUAACCAGAUAUCGAAGAUAUCCGAGUACGCUUUCGCCGGCUUGGAGAACAGCUUGACCGACCUGAACCUGGCCGAGAACAAGCUGAACAUGUUCCCUAUGGCGCCUUUGAGGAGACUGGAGAGUUUAGCUUCCCUGAUUCUAGCCUGGAACGAAAUCUCCGAGCUGCCCGACGACAGGUACAGUCAGCUGAGCUCGUUGGUGGUCCUGGACCUGAGCAGCAAUAACUUCGAGAAGCUAACCGAGGACUGCUUCAGAGCUUGCCCCAUUUUACACACACUCUCUCUGUAUUACAACUCGAUAGAGACCAUUCACAAGGACGCGUUCGUUUCGCUGAAGGAUCUGGAGUUCAUCGAUCUCAGUCGCAACAAGAUCGUGUUCUUGGAUGUAGCGACGUUCAAGGGCAACAAGCAGCUGAGCAACAUCGAGCUCAGCCACAAUCACAUCCACUACAUCGGCGGUGUUUUCGCCAGGUUACCCGGUCUGAAGGAGUUGUACCUGGCGGAGAAUAAUAUACUAGAAAUACCGGGCGACGCUUUCAUCGACAGCGUGAGCCUCGAGGUCGUCUACCUGCAGCUGAACGCGAUCCGCAGGAUCGACGGCAGAGGUCUCACCAGCCUGAGGAAGUUAGGCCAACUGCAUUUGAGCAACAAUUACAUCGAGAAGGUGCCCCGCGAGUUCUUCGAGCACUGCGUGAACCUCUCGUCCCUCUCCCUCGACGGGAACAAGAUCAGAGAGCUGCAGCCGGGCACGUUCCUCAAUCUGACUCAGCUGAGGGAGCUCCGCUUGCAGGACAAUCAGAUCACCGAAGUGAAGCGCGGAGUUUUCUCGCCUUUGCCGUCUUUGCUGGAGCUGCAUCUGCAAAAUAACGCUAUCACGGACAUGGAGACCGGCGCGCUGAAGACUUUGAACAGCUUGCAGCACGUGAACCUGCAAGGCAACCAGCUGACUGCCCUAGGUGACGUCUUCCAGCUGUCCGCAUCGGAAUCAUCGUCCAGCGGCAGUUCCUUGGUAUCUAUUCAGCUGGACAGCAACGGUCUUGCUGUGCUGCACAACGACUCUCUACGAGGGCAAGCUUCUGUUAGGAUCAUGUGGCUGGGUCAUAAUAGACUGACGCAUCUUCAAGCACCUUUAUUCAGGGAUUUGCUGCUAGUCGAGAGACUGUACUUGACCAACAACUCGAUCUCUAAGAUAGAAGACGGCGCUUUCCAGCCGAUGCAGGCGCUGAAGUUUCUAGAGCUGAGCAUGAACAAACUCAGUCACAUCACUGCUAGAACCUUCUCCGAGCUGCACGAACUCGAAGAGCUGUAUCUUCAAGAUAACGGCCUGGAGCGGUUGGAUCCUUACGCUCUGACAGCCUUGAAGAAGCUCAAGGUGCUAGACCUGGCUAACAAUCAUCUGACUGUUCUACAGGACUACACGUUCCAAGAAGGUCUACCCAUCAGGACACUGAACUUGAAGAAUUGCUCUAUCAUGACUAUAGAGAGCGGAGCUUUCCAGGGACUCGACAGUCUGUUCGACCUGAACCUCGAAGACAACUUGCUGACGUCUUCUGCCUUGUUGAAUCUACAUAUCCCUGAACUGCGUACCCUGGCAGCGUCAGGAAACAACUUCAGCAAAAUCUCAGAGCACAGUUUGAAUAGGCUGCCAUCGUUGCAGGAACUGUUACUGGACGACGCGCAAAUCGCUCAGCUGCCAGAGACUAUCUUCGUGUUGAAUCCAAACUUAGCGCGGUUGAAUCUGAACAGGAAUCGACUACGCAACCUGCCACCUGGUAUAUUCGACAGGCUGCUGUCCUUCAGGGAAAUCCGAAUGGACCACAACCGGUUCCAGGAUAUCCCCUAUUCUGCUCUAGCGAACGCUCUGAAUUUGGAGAUCCUGUCGCUGUCCUACAACGAAAUCGUGAACGUGGACGUGGCCAGCUUUGCCAGCUUGAAACAUCUGAGGGAGCUGGACCUCAGCCAUAAUCGAAUCGAGAAGAUGACCGGCUUCGCCAUGGCCAAUCUGUCGCUGCUCACCUCGGUGGACCUCAGCCACAAUCAUCUGAGCGCGUUGCCAGCCAACUUCUUCGUGCACUCGUCCAUGCUGCGCAGAGUCGACUUGUCGGAGAACAAAUUCGGCCAGAUCCCGGCAGUUGGAUUAUCCGGGCAGAAACUUCCCGGCUUGACCUGGCUGAAUCUAACGAGGAAUCCUUUGAACAGGAUCCACGAUCCUCCGUCGGACGAUAUGUACCCGAUUCUACAGGAAGUCCAUAUAUCCGGCACCAAUUUGAGCAUUGUCACGUCCCAGGACUUCGAGGCGUUCCCAGCUCUGUUGCACUUGUAUCUCGAUCAGAACUGUAUACUAAGGGUCUCGCCAGGUGCGUUCAGGAGUUUGCCGAACUUGUUGACGCUACACCUAGGGAUGAACAGUUUGGAAAUCCUGCCGAAAGAGAGGCUACAGGGCAUGGAGCACUUGAGGAUUCUAAACUUGACUCACAACAGGCUGAAGGAACUCGAGGAAUUUCCGGAAGACCUGAAGUCGUUGCAGAUUCUCGAUCUCUCGUAUAAUCAGAUUAGCAUCGUCGGCAAGGUCACGUUCAAGAACUUGGUUAGUCUGGUGGAGUUGCACCUGUACGGUAAUUGGAUCAACGCGAUCUUCAGCGACGCGUUCAGAUCGCUGAAGAAGCUGCGGCUGUUGGACCUGAGCAGAAAUUAUUUGGCGAACCUGCCGCUGAACGUUUUCCGACCCCUGGAGACCCAGAUACGGAGCCUACGAGCCGAAGAAAAUCCGUUGACCUGCGACUGCGAGUCGCAAGAACUCUGGGAAUGGUUGAGAGACCAUCAGAAGCUAGUUAGCGGAGUGGAUGGCGGCCGUGGCCGCGGAAGAAACGGCGUCGGAGUCGGGAACGUCGAGGGCGGUCUGCUGAGAUGCGAGCAACCGCCUGAACUGAGGGGUCUGGUUUUCCUCGAUCUCGACCCACACGCCUUCUGCUCCACGCCGCUGAUCCUGAAGCUCGCGAUUCAAGACAUCCAGCCGUUCUCCGUCCUCGUCUCGUGGCAGAGCAGGAAUCACUCCGGCCUCCACGGCUACCAAGUGGCGUAUCACGCUCGGGACAACGUCGACGAGGUACGAGGCAAGGUGCUGGACCCGAAGUCUCGUUCGGUGAAGCUGACGAAGCUGGCCUCGAACACCCGCUACCGGAUUUGCGUGCUCGGUCUGGGCAGCUGGGGAACGCCGAUCCCGGAGGACAUCGGUUCCUGGCAGUGGAACGCGUCCCACGACGACGUGAUCGAGGGCUCGGCGUUGCCGGUGAUGGUGGACUCGCUGACCAGCCGAUGCACGGACGUCAGAACGCUGGAGGCGCCGGAUUCGAUCGACGGGGACGGCACGAUGAGCGACAGGGGCGGAUUGGCGACGAUCCUGACGAGGAGGCUGGGUCUGAUAGUGGGCAGCGGCAUGGGCUUCGUGGUGUUCGUGGUGCUGAUCCUGGUGCUGGGAUACAUGAAGAUGAAGAAGCAGAGGUCCACGGAGAAGAGGGACCAGCCGUUGUCCUCGAACCCGCACGCGUACACGUCGUACAGGCAUUUCUCGCUGCAGAGCGGCGACAGGGCGGACAACGCCUGUCCCAGCUUCAUCAGCAACAUCGGCACCACGCCCCUGAACUCGUAGCACAAGCCGAAGGAGUAUCGCAAAGAGACUGAUCACCGGGCCAUCGAGAUGAACAGCAUGCCCAGCUGCGACGGGAUCUUCGGCUAACCAACGUGAUCGUCCGUUAGCCCGAUCGUGGAUCACCCGGUGUCCUCCGCAGUUUCUCUUGCUCAGAGCUGUACCGAUUCAUCUGCCGUGACGGAACACGGCCAGCUCACGUUGCUCCACGGAUGGACCUUGUUUUUGUUCGUUGAAGUAGCUAGGACGAUGAUAGGCGGACGUCCGAUCGAGGGAGUUCAAUUAAACGAGAAGUGCCAAAACCGAUAGGCGUCGGGUCUUAUCAAAGACUAUCGUGUUAGACGUUUUACGAACCGUUCAGUCGAACGACGCGACGAACGCCGGAAGUGUCAGUGAGACGUACGAAGAGACUCUAGCGUGCCAAAACGUUCAGAAGACACUGUAGUUACUCGACGUUACGCCCGUUUCGCACGGGCGGCCAGAACGAAGGUAGCCGCGAGUGGUUGUUGCUCAUUGCCAGUAGCGAGAGGCAAGCGACUCGUCGACUGGAGUACUUUGGAGACGCUCGGGAGACGACCGACCGAUCGUCGAGUAGUCUUUUCGCCGUGCCCGAUCCUUCGAGCUCACCGAACCGAACAACGACGCGAACGAACCCAAUUUUUGGAACAUUCGAAUCUCUCCUGCGAAGACUGAUUUUUUAAUACCGUUUCCUUGAUACCAACCCCCCUGAACUUCGUCGACCUUCCAUCUUAAACUUCCCCUUCGACCGUUCGUCGUUCCGACGUUCGCGAUUCUACUUACGCGAGACGAGACGCUUUUUUGUAAAUAGAGACGACCCAACGGCGCGCGAGAACGGUGACUGCCCGCGACUUAACGAUACAUUUCGACCGCUUUCGCGCGACGAUACGGAUGUCACGAUACUUCUGCGAUACUUCUCGCGUCUGGCCGACAGACAACGCAUAGAAUCGAAUCGUUUCAAUCACGCCGGAGAUACUGUUCAGAGUGCUCUAAAAUGUCUAUUCGAAUUUUUCAACAGUUCUACGGUACAGAUUCUUAAUUUUAAUCUUCUAUUAAUAUAAAUUUAAGGCAAUCGAGACUAACGGUGAUUAUAUUGUUGAUUAACAUCGUAGAUAAUAGAUAGACGAUAUAUUUCAUACUUAUCUUCUUUAUUAUUCCCAUGCGAGGUUUUUAUAUAUCAACGAUGGAGAGAGACUUUCUAACGGCGUCGCAUUCGUGUAUCGCGAUACACGUAUCGUCGCGCGAGAAUGGCCUUAUCAGUGCCGCUGAAUGCCGCGACGAGCGGGGACCGAUCCACCUUGUCCUCCCGCGAUGCUGCGCAAGCAAUAUUACACUUACUCGUAAUCGAUAGUCCGAAGGAAAAAUGGAAAGGAAGGAGAGAAAAGAGUAAAAAAAAAGAAAAAAGAAUGAGAACGAUCAGCAACCGUAAACGUUACAUUAAGGACCCAGUCUUCUAGAAGACUUCGUCGUUUCUUUGAUCCUCUAGCCCUCUCUGUAUGAGUCCGACCAUGACCGGACCACGCGCAGCGGCCGCCAUUUUGCGAGCGGCCGGGCCGGCCGCGCCGUCGUCCGGGGAUCUUCAACUCGACUUUUCUGACUGAAUUGAAACGCGUGACUCCUGCCAGGUAAUCAGAACACGAGAAACAGAUCGGUUUCGAGUUUGCCAAGUGUUGUACGGUGACGUUGCGGAAGAUGGAUUUAUUGUAUAUAGAUAGAGGAUAUGUAUACA